CUCCGCGCCCGGGUACGUACUCCCGAAUGAUGCGGAUACGGACGAUUUGACCGGAAUUCUCGAUAGACAGCCUCCAAUCAACCUGGUUGUGCCGGACCUGCCCUCUUCGAUUCGUUCACCUGCCCCGCGGAAAGCUAAGAGUUGACCGCUGGGGGAUCAGCCAACCCACUGCGUUCGAUUUCGACCAAGAAACCCUACCUCCCGAUGCAGAAACAGCAGCGACACCAUGUCGAAAGUGAGGAAUGGACCAGGGACUGGCGGGAAACCGCGCAGAGAUGUACUGGCUUCACUCAAGAUGGCAUCCAUGGAGGAAUUCUCCAGGGCUGCCCUCCCAGCAGAGAUCAUGUCUUCGAUUCUUGAUUACCUCUCCCCCGUCGAUCUCAUCCGAGCAGCGCGGUCGUCGAAGCUUCUCCGCGAAAUGGCAUAUGACGAUACGAGGUGGGUCCAAAAGAUGAAACUCAUGGGCUGCUGGGAUGAGCUGGAAGCGAGAAAGCAUGUCGAGGAAACCUUCGGAACGAUUGCCGACCUGGACAGUGUCAAGCAUCAAGAGGAGGUCGAGCAGGUAGGGCGGAUAUCAGACUCUGUCGGAGGAACCGAGCCGAACCCUACAAUCCAUGUGGGCUCGCUCUCCGAUGGUUUCGACCAGAUCAAUAUGAGCAACUCUGUUGCCCCUGAUACAUCCGACACGUUGGAUAGGGACCCUGUUCUGGGAGCAUUGCAACUGGUCAAGUCCGUGCGCGGCGAAGCACGCCAGGAAUAUGGCAAAAUACAUGCUGCACUCGCGCCCUUCUACAACGAUAUCGUCACCGAGGGCGCCUCAUUUGAUAACUUGGUAUUUAAGAAAUACACCGAUCCCCUGCACCAGGCGCGGGUACUAUCCCAGCUGCAGUCCUUCGUCAAAUGUGACUCAACCGAGGGCUGGCGUACCAGGGUCGAGCAGCUGCAUUCCGCCACGGCGAUGUUUGAAACCGCAGCUACAAAGGAGUUCAGACAAGGCUAUGAAACCGAAGAUAUCGAUGGUCGAAUGCGACAAUAUGCCCAUGUUCUCUUUACGCUGAACGGCGGGGCGUCGGCCGUUGAGCUUUUCAUUCAUCACAAUCACCUCGUCACACGACGGUCGGACUUUGGCAAGGUGGCAGAUUGUAUCGACGUGUCGACGCCGCAGGUGAAACUCGAGCAAACCCAGGCCUUUUUCACCCGCCUCAGUGUCGCCUACAAUGAAGAAGUAUCGAUAAUCAAUCGUGCUUUCCCUCCCUCGAUAGCGGUAGCCUCGCCGUUCAUCGAAAAAGUAGGACAGGGUGUGCUGUAUCCUUUUCUGACCGCAGUAUUUGAUGAAUUGCAUCGAACCGACAUCGAGUCCUACCUUGUGGCCAUCUCCGGGACCUUUGCCCAAUGCAUGAACUUCUCGGAUACCUUAUUGCCCAUUCAGAAUUCAACCGACAAUUUUGAUGAUUUCCUGGACCAUAUAAUCGGCAAGGUAUAUGAGCCACACAUGGAUCUUUACCUCGCAGAAGAGCUGGAUCAUUUCCGGAAAAUAUCCGAGACCGCGGUGAAGGAUUGGGAUAGACAGCUUUCAGAGCAGGCGGCUUCCACCGAAUCAUUUCUCAUGUCGAACAUCAACCGGCAGGCGGAUAAACGGGAUUUCUUGACGUCCUUCAAGAAAGUGAUCAUGGCACCCGUCAACAUCCUGCCCAGCUUCUCGAGCACCAAAGCGAAUGAGGCCAAGUCAGACCAGGAUUCGGUCGUCGGCGAUUCGCCUUCAGCGCUCAAGAGUCCGAAUCGAUUCUCAACUAUCGCCUCGCCUUCUACUCCCCCUACCACGGAGGCUCCGACGACCGAGCUUGCAGCCAAGGCAGCCAUCAUGAAGUCAAAGCUAGAGGGAAUUAGCUCUCUCUUCAGCAUCGAGGUUGCAUUAAGCCUCGUCCACACAGCUAAAUCAGGACUGGAGCGAGCCGCCCAGUUUGUUACUCUGGGAGGCGAGACGGGAGCCGCUGUGAAGCAGCAGUGCGAGGCCAUUUUCGUUGCUUUGGUGCGCAUACUGGGCCAUCGACACCUUAUCUUUGGAUUCAACAAGGCCGUGGACCAUCUCUCAAAUUAUCGUCCUCGCGAGCAAGGGGAUCGUGACCAGUCCGGAGUCGAGCCUUUGGUGACCUUCCUGGAGCUGGUGAACGUUGGCGAUCUCAUCCUUCAAAUGAUCGAUGUCUUCUAUGAACAGGAGCUGAUCGGCUCCAAGCUGACUGACCGCAAUGACUUCUUGGAUCCGGCGGUGAAAGAGAAGAAGAAGUUCGAGCAGAUCCUUGACGAGCGCGUUGCUGCCGGCCUGAACAAAGGAAUCGACGUUCUAAUGGAGGAGGUCGACUACAUCCUGGCCACCAGGCAGCUAGCUACGGACUUCAACCCCAGUGUGUCCACCGACCCUCACCGAAAGACCAUGGACGUGAGUGUCACCGAAGCCGCGGCGGCGGUAGUUGACGUGGUAUCGUCGCAUACGCGGAUGCUUGUGGGGAGUACGGACAAAAGCACGCUGGACGUCUUCAACCAAGAGGUUGGGCUGCGGCUAUUUACUGCUCUCUGCAAACACUUGAAGCGCCAACGGAUCAGCGUCGAAGGAUCCUUGAAACUGAUCAGCGACAUGAACCACUACUUCAAAUUCGUCCAGACCCUCAAGAACAGCGAGCUUCUGCUCUACUUCAAGGCCUUCCGAGAGCUGUCUCAAAUCUACCUGAUCGACCCGUCCGAUGCCAAGGAGCUGGCCACGAUCAUUGCUGACUCGGGUCGCUUCAACGGAAUCUGGCGAGUCGAAGAAGUGUACGAGUUUGCCGAGCGGCGAGCGGAUUGGUAUCAAGUGAAACGAGACGUGGAACGAGCGAUGUAUGGCAUUGGCUGCAAUGUCAUGUAACGAGAGAAGCCCCCAAAGUACGCCUGACCGCAAUACCCCGUAUAGUAUCGAGGUAUACUUGUUAUGUACAUAGAAAGAGAAAUACCCCUGACGAUGAUGAGUGCUUCUUGACGAGCGUAGAAAUGUACACACUGAUUCCCGAUUGGAGAGAUGGGGGACUUUGGGGAUAAUUGGAUAGUCUGAAGUAUCCAAGACCUUGAGUGACG